AGAUGCGUUUUGUUUUUUGGUUCCGUACUGGGUUCACUUCACUGGAAUAUUGUUACGGAAGUCCUAUAACAGCUUGGAGAGGGUGGAGAACUUCUGGCAGUUUGAUGCAUGUGGACUUGAAGAAAGAGUGCUGUAAUUUCUAUAGUGAGUUCGAUCGGAAGACUGACAGUGGCAGUGGUAGUGAAUCCAGUGGAGUAUCAGGAUGAUACCGGCUCAGUUUCCUACGCCACCGGAGUCUCAGGCUUUGAAUAUAGCUACCUCUCAGUUUUCGGCACUAGCUAACUCGCACCGCUAUGUCCAUUGCAUAGUGAAGCUUGGUGGGGCAGCUAUCACUCGGAAAGACGAACUGGAGACAGUGAAUGAUCCUGUGCUAUCAGCUACAACAUUGCAUUUAAGAGAGGCUAUGGGACUUUCCUACACAAAUGUGUCAAUGGAUUGGAGCAGAAGAAAUGGCUCAUCGAUAGUGGAUCUCGUUCCCAACAGCACUGAUCAACAUUUGGGCUUUCAAAAUCCGUUUGUCGUUGUUCAUGGUGCAGGUUCUUAUGGUCACUUCCAAGCUAGUAAGUCAGGAGUGAACAAAGGCGACCUGAAAAAUCCCUUGGUGAAGGCUGGGUUCGUUGCCACCCGCAUUUCAGUGACUAAGCUGAAUCAGGGUGUCGUGCGAUCCUUGGCUUUAGAGGGCAUUCCUGCUGUGGGCAUAUCCCCCUUUUCUGCCGGCUGGUCCACUCAAAAUAAAGCGUUGAAACGUGACAAUGUCUUGGAAGUUCAGCGAGCAGUCGAUGCAGGCUUCGUUCCUGUGGUUCAUGGAGAUGCAGUACUGGAUAGUACCCUGGGGUGCACAAUUCUUAGUGGAGAUGUUCUCGUCAGUCGACUUGCUCAAGUCAUAAAACCCAACUUCGUUGUUUUUUUAACCAAUGUUCCUGGUGUAUUCGAUCGCUCCCCUGAGCAACCAGGUGCUACGCUUCUGAGAGAAAUUGUGGUUUAUGAGGACUCUAGUUGGACAAUUGUUGAUCCCCCUUUAGGGAUAGGCAGCAACGGUGGAGCAGUGGAAACAGCUGUGGCUGCUCACGACACCACUGGAGGCAUGUCCACCAAAAUUGCCGAAGCUGCUUCAAUUGCUGCUAUGGGUAUUGACGUCUUCAUUGUGGAGGAACUCCUCAUGCUUUAGAAGCUUUGAGAGGAAAGGUGAAAAAUCUGAAGAGCAACAAAUCCUGGACUGGUACUCUGAUCAGAAACGCUCUCGGUCAAACCUCCUGAUUAGUACACUUCAGUGAAGGUCGUAUCCAAUGUUCCUCUUGAUUAUCGAAGUUCAGGAAGAUGAUGAAUUGAAUAUGUAUCACCACCGCGCCAGCUCAUUUAUUGUGGUUGUAGGAGUGCACUGCUUCAGUCAAUGUACUUGAUGUUCUGCUCAAUCAAUUACUUGAUGUGGGUCUAUUUCUAAUUGUUGACUUAAGCACGCUAUUUAUUAUCUUCUGAUAUAAACUACAAUUGAAAAUUGUAAGUC